AUGGCCAUAAGCGAGCUGGAGUCGACAUCUCGAAUCGAGGCGUGGGAACAUUUGAGUCGCCUUCCAUCAACCCUGGAUGCCAUGUACGAAUGGAUGGUUAUGCAGAUUCCCCAUGAAUGGCGAGAGGUGUCAACCAAGCUCCUUCUCUGGGUGACGCUCGCCCUCCGCCCGUUGUCGAUAGCGGAGCUCGUCGUGGCACUGGACGAAAGACGUCUCGGGUUGGUAGAUCACGAGACAAUCCGAGCUUGUAUCAAUCGCUGCGGCCAAAUUCUGAGGAUAGCUGUUGACGACACAGUCCAUCUGAUGCAUCACAGCGCUCGGGAGUACCUCUGGGGUCGGCUCGAGUCAUCUCCUUCAUUCUUCAAGGACUGCGUCGAGCUAAAUCCGUUUAAUCUCAGAGAAGGCCACAAGCUCAUUGCAAGCCUCUGUAUCAGGAAUCUGAAAGACGCCACUCAGCCUAGAAUUCGAGAUCUUCGUGAACAGAAGAGAGGUACAAAGAUCAUGGACAGUACUACGUUCAGCACGAGCACACCAACGGCACUUUCGGGCUACGCCAAGGCUUUCUGGACGGACCAUGUCAGGAAUGCCGGUGAAUUGGUGCUGGAAAUAGCCGACAACAAUGCUCAACUUUUCGAAGAGCACUCACCAAUACGCGGUAUCCUGGCCUGUGAAGUCUCAAAGGGCCUGUUGACCGAGGAUAUAUCCGUCCUCCAUCAUGCGGCUUACUACGGAUUCGCGCCCCUCGUCGGGCGACUCCUGAAGAAGGGUUGGUGGAACAAGCUCAGGAGACGGCGUCUGCUGGGGGAAAGAGACGGUCUUGGUCGCACCGCGUUACACCUGGCUAUCCACCGCCACGACAAUGAUCCCAUCGUGGAGCUCUUGCUGGACCGUGGCGCUGAUGUCUCAUGCGAAGACCACACGGGCGCCACGGCACUCGACCAUGCGAUCAAGUGUGGCACUCCCGAGAUGGUCAGCAUUCUUGCGGCUUAUGGGCAGCGAGGCUGA